AGACGAAGGGCGACGGGCUUUCCUACCUCGGAGAGCGUAACUGACGGCGGGAGGCGGGAGCUGCGAUUGGCUGGCGGGCGCGUCACUCACUCGGAGCAGGGGCGAUGGCGGCUUUGGAGAGGGUGAAGGUGCUGGUCUUGGGGGAUUCAGGUGAGCGGGGGGGGGGGCGGGCAGGUGAGGUCCAGGCAGGUAGGCAGCCCGGAGAAGAGGGAAAGAAAAGCCGCAGAGCGGACUUCAGGCUGCGGGGGGAGAGGAAGGGACUUGCCAACACUCGGGUGUAUAUAAUAAUAAUAAUAAUAAUAGUAAUAAUUCAUAAUACAGUGGUACCUCGGGUUACAGACGCUUCAGGUUACAGACACUUCAGGUUACAGACUCUACUAACCCAGAAAUAGUGCUUCAGGUUACAGACCCCGUAACCAGAAGUACCAUUGUAUUUGCUGCUGCAAUACAUGGUGUAUUUUGGGAAUUAUCCAGUGCUUUUUUUCUGGCAGGGGGACGCAGACCCCUCAACAUUUUGUGCAUCUAAGUUUGGCCUCAUUGAGGGGCAGUAUUUCAACAUGAGUAGGAAAAGGAGAGUAUAGUGGUACCUCGGGUUACAUAUGCUUCAGGUUACAGACGCUUCAGGUUACAGACUCUGCUAACCCAGAAAUAGUACCUCGGGUUAAGAACUUUGCUUCAGGAUGAGAACAGAAAUCAUGCUCCGGUGGCGCGGCAGCAGCAGGAGGCCCCAUUAGCUAAAGUGGUGUUUCAGGUUAAGAACAGUUUCAGGUUAAGAACGGACCUCCAGAAUGAAUUAAGUUCUUAACCCAAGGUGCCACUGUAUAUAAUAAUAAUAAUAAUAGUAAUAAUUCAUAAUAAUAUAGAUGUAAUGGGUGUAGGGACGUGGGUGGCGCUGUGGGUUAAACACAGAGCCUAGCACUUGCCGAUCAGAAGGUCGGCGGUUCAAAUCCCCACGACGGGGUGAGCUCCCGUUGCUCGGUCCCUGCUCCUGCCAACCUAGCAGUUUGAAAGCACGUCAAAGUGCAAGUAGAUAAAUAGGUACCGCUCCGGCGGGAAGGUAAAUGGCGUUUCCGUGCACUGCUCUGGUUCACCAGAAGCGGCUUAGUCCUGCUGGCCACAUGACCUGGAAGCUGUACGCCGGCUUCCUCGGCCAAUAAAGCGAGAUGAGCGCCGCAACCCCAGAGUCGGCCACGACUGGACCUAAUGGUCAGGGAUCCCUUUACCUUUUUAAUGGGUGUUACAUGGGUGUAGGGACGCGGGUGGCGCUGUGGUCUAAACCACUGAGCCUAGGGCUUUCUGAUCGAAAGGUCAGCGGUUCAAAUCCCCACAACAGGGUGAGCUCCCAUUGCUCCGUCCCAGCUCCUGCCAACCUAGUACAGUGGUACCUCAAGUUACAGACGCUUGAGGUUACAAACUCCGCUAACCCAGAAAUAGCACCUCGGAUUAAGAACUUUGCUUCAGGAUGAGAACAGAAAUCGUGCUCUGGCGGCGCGGCAGCAGCAGGAGGCCCCAUUAGCUAAAGUGGUGCUUCAGGUUAAGAACAGUUUCAGGUUAACAACAGACCUCCAGAACGAAUUAAGUACUUAACCCAAGGUACCACUGUAUUCGGGUAGAAGAUGUUCGCUAACACGAUCCAGAAGGAAGGCUGGCAUGCAUUAAGAAGCGCAAUACAGUGGUACCUCGGGUUACAUAUGCUUCAGGUUAAAUACGCUUCAGGUUACAGACUCCGCUAACCCAGAAAUAUUACCUCGGGUUAAGAACUUUGCUUCAGGAUGAGAACAGAAAUUGGGCUCCGGCAACGGGAGGCCCCAUUAGCUACAGUGAUGCUUCAGGUUAAGAAUAGUUUCAGGCUAAGAACGGACCUCUGGAACGAAUUAAGUACUUAACCCGAGGCACCACUGUAAUUUGAAAGCACGCAGUGCAAGUAGAUUAAUAACCAGACAGAGGGCCUUCUCGGUAGUGGCGCCCUCCCUGUGGAACACCCUCCCUUCAGAUGUGAAGGAAAUAAGCAGUUAUCUUAUCUUUAAAAGACAUCUGAAGGCAGCCCUGUUUAGGGAAGUUUUUAAUAUUUAAUGCUGUGUUGUUUUUAACACUCGAUUGGGAGCCGCCCAGAGUGGCUGGGGAAUCUCAGCCAAAUGACCGGGGUAUAAAUAAUAAGUUAUUAUUAUUAUUGGUACCACUCAGGUAGGAAGGUAAAAGCCGUUUCUGUGCACUGCUCCGGGGAAAUGUGGAAAUAAACCAGGUAUUUUUCCAAAGACAUUUUUUUUCCAUUUGGAAAAAACCUGGCUUUCUCCCCAAUUUUUCCGUUUCCCCCCCCCCCCCAGGCCUUCCCAUCUCUAGUCCUCACCUGCAGGUAAAAGGUAUGAAAGGUACAGGACAUCUGGAGACCCAGGGUUGGGGAAGGCUGCUCUAAGGGCUAUCCUACUAGGAGUUUCAAAAUCUGCUUGUUCCUCCAUAAUUUAAACUACACAGAAAAUUUACAAGAAAGGCAGUGAUGUUUCACUUGCUAUGAAGGCUUAGUUUGCAGUUGCCUUUUUUUGCAGGUGUGGGGAAGUCAUCUCUUGUUCACCUCUUAUGUCACAAUCAGAUGUUGGGAAACCCGUCUUGGACUGUAGGCUGCUCCGUUGAUGUCCGAGUAGGUGGAAUUAUAAAUUUAUGUUGUUUGGUGGUAUUUCACUUCAAAGACGAGGGAAAUUCUGAAGGCUUAUUGGCAAAGUAGAAACAUAUGAUCAGGUUGCAAAGGGAAUUGUGAAACAAUAGGCUAUUGCAGUAGGGAGCACGAAAUCUUAGUUCUGAAGCAGGCAAACAUUAGUAGGUUGAUCUGUUUUCAAUCCAGCCUCUGGUGUAGAUAAAGUAAUGCAGAUUUGUAAAUAAGCCCACAAAAGUUACGGGCACACCAUUUUUUUCUAAACUGCUGAAAAGCUAGUAGACCAUGGUUUUGUGUUGGCGACAGAGGAAAGGAAGUCUCCCCAGCUGCUAAGUUGACUGGUGGAGAAGGAAUGGAAAGAGUUGUCUCUUCUUUGCCAGCCUGGUCACAUGUUUGCAAGGAAUUCCUGGUCACCUAUGGAUACCAGCCAGGCAAUUUGUUAAACAGAAGGCUGAGGUAACGUUACCCAGUUGAACUGGUGUGGCCUUGCAGCAGCUUUUGAUACAUCAAAUCAAAUUUUGGCAGACCACAUGCUUGCCCUUGCAGGAGAUUGAACAGCCCUGAGCAGAUCAACUUGCCUUUGACAGACUGCACUGGCUGUAUUCAUAGAAGUGGUUGGGGAAUAGUUUGUUCUCCUCUGUGCUAUUCCAUCCAUGAUGUGUUCCCUCACAUAUUUUGUCUAAUACAGUGGUUCCCAAUUAGCUAAAUACUUUGGGUCCUGUGUUUUUUAACAGCCAAGCCAUAGACCCUCUACUUUUGAAAAGUUUGAGAUCUCUGUGGUAGUUUUGUUAGGAGAAUGGUGCCAUGGACCCUCUCAGUGGGGGGUUACAAGGACCACCAAUUGGGAACCACUGGACCAUUAAUGAAGACAUCUGGAUGACUAGGAAUGGGACGAAAUAUACUGAUAACUUGCAGCUUUUUCAACUGAUCCUAUAGUAGUUCCUCGCUUAUGUCCUCUAGAAAUGUUAGAAGAAGCAACCAUGGGAUCAAGCACAUGAUCUAUGGAUCGAGUGCCUCCUUCCCCUCAAAUGAUUUUUUUUAAGGAUUAGAAAAAGUCAUGGGGGUGCCUAUCAACAGCUAUUUGGCAGGAAAAUUAAAUGGAAUUUACAUGUGAAGCGUCAGUUUGCAUCUUGGUACCAAAUGCUGGAGCCAAAAGAGAGGACAGCUGUCAUCGUCGUGCCCCUUGUUCUUGAGCUUUUGGCAGCUAGCUGCUAGUGCAAGCUGAAUGUCAGACCAGAUGGAUUUUGAUCCAGCAUGUCGGUUCUCAUGCUCUUAAACCCCUCUCCAAAACCCACCCUUUUCAUGAAGGCCUUUGGAGGAGCAGCAAAGUGCUAUGCAUGCUAAUGGCCCUAUAUAAAGUGGUUGUUAGGAUAAUACGAAAACGAAUCUUAUAUUUAUUUUUAUGGACAAAACCAUUACAAAAGGCACAACAAUAGAUUGAUGGUUUGUAACCAAACCAUAUGCCUUCAAGUAGAAAUCUGUAUUUCCUUGUUCUACAUACAUGGCACUCUUGGUUUUUCAUUUUCAGAUUCAUGACUACAAAGAAGGAACCCCAGAAGAGAAGACUUAUUAUAUUGAAUUAUGGGAUGUUGGUGGUUCAGUGGGCAGUGCCAGUAGUGUAAAAAGCACACGUGUUGUGUUCUACAACUCAGUUAACGGUAAUGUAUGCAGGUUUUAAGAUCUGUUUCCUAUUACUUUCAUUCUAUGAGAACACCUGUUAACUUGGUUCAUGCAGAACCUAUUCCAGAAGUACUGCAAGGGAGAGUUUCUAAUAUCACAGCAGGGUUCUUUACUUGGCUGAAUUUAGAUAUGAAUUUUUUUUACUUUUGUAGAUACCAUAUACAUGUACAUUCUGGCAAAUCUGCUUAAAAUUGCUUUCUGAAAUCAUUUUCUGGGUGUAAAGGUGUUCAUGGUGCCUGUUUGUAACCUGGUAGACACAAGCUUGCAAACAGAUUAAAUUUGUGGCAACCCUCUGCCACAGUGGAUACAACGCCACACAUACUGAGAGACUGGGGAUUAAAAGCACAAGGCCCUUUGGAGCUCUGAUCCUUUUAUAAUUUGUGUUCAUGGAGUUGUAUGGUUGGAAAGAACCAAAUGUGCAACACCAACUCUGAAGGAGAAGAACACUUAUAAGGAUAUAUUAAAUAGUUAACAUGUAUUGUCUUUCCUGUUUAGGGACUAGAGUCCUCAACAUGUGUAGCAAUGUUCUAUUGAAACUAUCUGGCUGGGGAUGGAAAGGGGUGCUAUAAGAUUUAUCUCCAUAAGUUGCAACAUCUCUUAAAUAAAAUGACUUUCAAAAUUCCUGCAUUGAUCAAAGGGAAUUCUGAGAGGUAGUCCAUAAUGAAUGACGUGAGGGAAGCAUGUAACCCCAGUUUUCCUGUAGGAGAGGACUUGGAACAAUAGUAAAGAGAAUAAUCAAGGGCAGUAAAUUGGAGAUUCCCUUUGAUUUCAAAAGCAAAUUGCAUAGGGUGCUGUACAGGAAACAAAAAGACCCAAACUACCUUGGGUAUGUGAAACUAGUUGUGCGGUUCUUUCAACCUUGCCUUGUGUUCUCACCCUGCAAUGUCUUUCAACAUAAUUUAGACGGUGUUUGGAAGAAGUCAUUGUAUUUAUGAAUGGCCUUGUACUUAUUUAGGCAUAAUUUUAGUACAUGACUUAACCAACAAGAAGUCCUCCCAGAACCUGUAUCGGUGGUCUUUGGAAGCUCUCAACAGAGAUGUGGCUCCAUCAGGAGUGCUGGUGACCAAUGGGUGAGUGUGCAGAGGACCUGACAAUCAUGGCAGAUGUGAUGGAGGGAUGAGAUAAGUUGAGAGUGUCUCUCCCCUUUUCCAAAAUGUGUGUUGAAGAGUAUUUCCCAAUACUCUUUUACCCUUUUACAAGUCCACCACAUAUGAACAAACGUUCUACAUCUGCUGCUGCUUCCCUCCCAGUUAAUGUUAGUGUAUUUAAUGACCAGUGGAAAAUAUCGUUUACUGACACACACAUCCUCUUUUUCUUGUGUAGGGACUAUGACCGUGAGCAGUUUGCUGAUAACCAGAUUCCGCUGCUUGUCAUAGGGACCAAGCUGGACCAGAUCCCAGAAGUGAAACGCAGUGACGUCUUGACCAGAACUGCUUUCCUUGCUGAGGAUUUCAGUGCAGAAGAAAUUAAUCUGGUUGGUAUUUUGUACCUUAUUUUUGUCAAUUUGGAUUAAGAUUUUAUAUAUAUGUAUAUGAAAAAGGGCAUAAAAACUUUUUUUCCAAAUCAGAUUUAUUGUGUUUAUGCAAUCUUCAAAUCAUUUACACAAACGUUACAGAGUUAACCAGAAUAGUAUGCGUUGCAUACUUUAAAUAAUUCAGAGAAUUUGCUAUUGUUAAAGAAUGAUAAUCAGUCUGCAUCUCUGUCAGUUUUAAUAGUGGCAGCCUAAUUAUUCACAGCAUUGAUUGCAGCAGGAGGUGGAGGCCAGGAGAGAGGUUCCAUUACAGCAACUACAUUAGACUGCCAGAAAAACCUAGAGUAGAUUUAUCCUGUGGGGGAAACACUUUUAGCCUGUUACUGAAAACAAAUUUCUGUUAGGCUGUACUCAGGCACAAAUGAGGUGGAGUGCAUCAAACAUUAAAAACUUCCCCAAACAGGGUUGCCUUCAGAUGUUUUCUAAAAGUCAGAUAGUUGUUUAUUUCUUUGACAUCUGCUGGGAGGGCGUUCCACAGGGUGGGUGCCACUACCCAGAAAGCUCUCGGCUUUGUUCCCUGUAACCUCACUUCUCGCAGGGAGGGAACUGCCAGAAGGCCCUCGGAGGUGGACCUCAGUAUCCAGGCAGAACGAUGGGGGUGGAGACGCUCCUUCAGGUCUACUGGGCCAAGGACAUUUAGGGCUUUAGAGGUCAGCACCAACACUUUGAAUUGUGCUCGGAAACGUACUGGGAGCCAGUGUAGGUCUUUCAAGACCGGUGUUAUAUGGUCUCAGCAGCCUCUCCCAGUCACCAGUCUAGCUGCCGCAUUCUGGAUUAAUUGUAGUUUCCAGGUCACCUUCUAAGGUAGCCCCACAUAGAGCACAUUGAGUAAUCCCAGCAGGAGAUAAGUAGAGCAUUCACCAGUGGCAUGACAGUCUGUGGGCAGGUAGGGUCUCCGCCUGCGUUCCAGAUGGAGCUGGUAGACAGCUGCCCUGGACACAGAAUUGACUUGUGCCUCCAUGGACAGCUGUGAGUCCAAAUUGACUCCCAGGCUGCGCACCUGGUCCUUCAGGGGCACAGUUACCUCAUUCAGGACAUAGAUGCUCAAGGGCAUGAACUUGUGGAGAAAAGAUGUUACUUGAUCUUUUAAUUAAUUUUGUGUGUAAGUGGCAAGGCAGGCUUCAUUUGGUCAGUGGAAAGUGAGCAGCAUUCUUCAGGUGGUCAAGGACAUUUCUGUUAUAUUCUCAGUGGCUAAUAGAAAUAAUUGUUGGCUACCAAGCUUGGGCACGACUGGUUGAUUCCUGUCUUUCUACGUGAAACUGAUUGUCCACAUAAAAAAAUUCCCUUGUGUGAACUGACUCUAAUACACAGCUAUGGCUUCAGUUUGAGCCCUAGGGUUGGCGAUAUUUGGUUUUCAGCAUCGUGAUAUAUCACCAGCUAAACAUCGUGAUAUACUGAUAUAUCAUGAUGUCUGCAAUAAGGAUGGAGCUAUGUAGAGGCACUGGCUGGCUUCACGGUUUUCCCCACGUUGUGAUUUUUGCAUAACACACACACACACUAUAUAUAUAUAUAUAUAUAUAGCCAGGUCAAACAUUUUGAAAUCAUGAUCACAAUAUGGACUUCAAACCUGUUUUGGACAAUAUAUCGCCCAGCCCUAUUGAGCACAGGAUUAUGUCUUCAGUUCAGAACUCAUGUGCUUGUUAAGGAUUGUGGUUUCAAUGACUCUCAAGAGAAAGUUACCUGUUGAUGUUUUCAGGACUGCACCAACCCUCGCUACCUGGCUGCAGGCUCCUCCAACGCUGUGAAGCUUAGUAGAUUCUUUGACAAGGUGAGUCUUUCAGUUAGGUACUGCAUAUCUAUUGCUUUUUCAUUUUUGCAGCAUAGAAAGUAAGUAACCUGAUGUGAAUUGCAUAGGCCACUGAAUUUCCUUUGCAGCUGCUUGAACAGAUUCCAGUAACUGAGCAGUCCAGGCUGAGACAACCUGGUGAGGACCUAAAAAAUUGUGGUCAGGGAGAGCUGUAUUCUGUGAGAGCAGUUCAGGCACACUGGACAAGUGAUAAAUAGGCAGAUUAACAAGACUGGAGAUGAAGAGUUCAGGUAGCGCCAGGAAAUAAUGCAGGAUAAGAGAACAGCAGAGCAGGAACAUACAGGAAAUACUUUUUAUAAUGCAGAAGAAGGCUACAGGCAAGAAGUCACCCAUUUCUGAUUCAGCCCAUUUCUGGGUUUUAAAUUAAGGCUCUGAGAUUUUUCUGUCUGUCUGACUAUGCAACAGCUGUAUAUAGAAGGCAAUGAGGUGUCAUUGAAAUUCUACUCAGUAUUGAUCCAGAGCAGAUUCCAAUGUAUAGUUAGCAGAGUAAAAAUUUACAACACAUUGCAGGAUUCCCAGAGGCAUUUCAUUCAGCUGAGCUUUACUGCUACUGAAGGCAAAUGAGCAUAAUGGUCACAAAUCCCGUACAUUCAGGAUUGGCACUGUUCAUAAGAAAUCCAGUUGCAGCAGACUUCACUUAAACUUACCGUAUUUAUGUAUGCUACUGCUGCGGCCCGUGUUUCAUUAGCUCCAAAAUGGAAAAUGAGCACGGUCCCAACCAAAGAAGAAUGGCAACUUAAGCUGAUGGAAUAUGUGCAGCUUGCAGACUUAACAUAUAGAAUAAGAGAACAAGAAGAACAUACGUUUAUAGAAGAUCGGGAAAUGUUUAUUGAAUAUAUGGGGGGAAAUUGUGUACAUGUGAAAACGCUGGCAGCAUUAAGAUAAAUUCAACAGCGUAAAUAAGUUGGAUGGAUGCAAUAAUGGAAGACUGAAUGGUUUAGUUUUUGUAAAAUAUGGGAUAUGCAAAAUGAACUAUGGAAAGAGAAGAAGGGCAGUCAUUGAUAUUUUAAGGAUGUUAACAUGAGUAUUUUAAAUUGUAAAACAUAAAAUUUCAUAAAAGUUAUAUAAAAAAAGAACAGCGCCUCUCCCUUCAGGUUGGCUGGAUGGCAGUGGUCUUGCCAGAGGAAGCAGGAGCCAGCAGAUGGUGGGGUGGAGGAAGUCCAACUCUCCAUUCCCUCGCCAACACCCCAUGGAAGCCAACUCUCCUCAACCACUGCAGGAAUGCAGGAGUCCUUAGAUUUGUUUCUCCUCUUGGCCCAAGCCUCUUGAGGCAGUGUGCUGGCUUACGCUGUUGAGGCUGCAAAGUUAAUACAGAUAUCCUGACUUCAGCAUCAAACCGGAUUUUUCUCUACAGUUCUUCCCAGAAUGCCCCAGAAAAAAUCCAGGGCAAUCUUUUGGAGGGAGAAAAAUACCUUCUCAUUGAGAAGUCCUUCUACUGCCUGUGUUUAAAAGUCUUUCUUUUUUUUUAGAAAAAAGUACCAUGCUCUUUCAGCCUUUGCCAUAGAUUGUAACCGGCUUCAGGCUGCAAUGCUGUGUGAAUUUAAUUACUCUCAGCCAGGCUGGGCAAUGGCACCGUAUGGAAACAUCCUUACUUAAACCAAUUGGGCUGCCACAAAAUCUGUUGUAUAAACCAAUGCACAACACUCACUCUUCCCUUUUUAUUUUUGUUUCAGGUCAUAGAGAAGAGGUACUACUUACGAGAUGGUAACCAGGUAUGUGUGCUCUCUCCUUAACAGUUAAAAUUUUGAAAGCUUUGGCAAAGGGGGGAAAAUGGGAAGAGAUGUCAAAAGGGCAAGCACUGAUGUAAUCCAAGUCAUUGCAAAACUCACCAAUGAGAUAAAGCCUCUGCUUUGCUUAAUUUUUAAUCUCCUCAGCAAAGAGCUGGGAAGGAAAGCAAGUAGGUAUGUCUCAAAAUGUACGCAGAAGGUAAUGUCUGGUAAUGGUAGUUAUGUCAUCAUAGAGUUGCAGUCAGAAUUAUUCAACCCCCAUUGCAAAUCAGGGUUAUUAUAAAAAUUUACAGAUUUUCAGCUGUUUGCAUUGAACACAUCAAACAAAAGCAAUUGAAAUACCUCAACACGAUGGAUGCUUCAAGUGGUUCUGAAAUUGCAAAAGGCAGUAUUUUUUUGUUUCUAAAAAUUCCCGGGCAAUGCCAGGUACUUCUGCCAAUAUUGUAUAUCCAGAGAUUUUCAGCCAUUUUGAGUCCACAGCUCCCUUGACCAACUGCAUUCUUUCUGCGGCACCCCUUAUGUCACCCCUUGCCUGCAGCACCAGCAACCCCUCACCCCUUUUUGAACACCCUUCUUUAUGAAGUGUUCCCUCAACCUCCUCUCCUCUCCCCUCUACUUGGGAGUCCUCCGGGCAGCCGCUGCUACUGCCUCAUGUCUCUGGGUUGCCCUCCCCCGCCCCCCCGCCCCAAGAGAGGAGCCCCCCCAGAGGCACCAUUCGCCUGCAGAGCUGGAAGCCAGAGUUGCUGCAACAAACAGCCUUGCAAGUCCAUGGGGGGCAGAGAUGCAAGAAGGGAUCAGAAGAGGGAGAGGGGCCAUUGUUGCCUGCGGCACCCCUGACCAUCAUUCACGGCACACUGGUUGAAAAGGACUGGUAAAAACCAAUUCUAAUGUAAGGUUUUUUGUCUAACAGAUUCCUAGCUUCCCAGAGAGGAAAAGAUUUGGAGGCGGCUUUGUAAAGAAUCUUCACUACGACUGACCGCCACUUGCCAACUAGAGACUAUGGAAAAAGAACGAUAACGCUUUUACUGCAACAUUCCUGUUACCACAACAGAUACUUUUGCUAACAAAAUCAAGUUUUGGAGCACAUAAAUCGCCAAGACUGCUCCACUUCAAGUGCUUCUGAACAUAUGCAGAAGGAUCUCUUUCCAGACCUCUGGAAAGAACCCGAGAUCUUUUGGACAUAGUGCAAUGAUUUCACUGGUUAGGCAACAACAUCGUGGAAUAUGCUGCCCCAUAAAAUGGGGUUAUAUGCAUCCAAGUGCUACCCAGAGUAGGCCCACUGAAGUCAAUGAACAAGUUAAGUUUAUUUAUUUCCAAGGGGUCUCCUCUGAGCAUGACUUGGUUGAAUGCAAACCCAUGUUUUUUCUGUGUUCUGAAAGUUUUAUGAACCUGUGCUUCCACCCCUAGCAGAAUGGUUGCGCUGAGGUGGAUUUGGAAAAAUAACUUAAGAAUCAAAGGCUUAUAAGCAAUGAAAACAUCAGCAUUCCAGCUUACUGAACAAUACUCUUGCUGAUGCUAUGGCGUUGAUUUCAUCCUGUUGCUAAGGGACCCCCUACCCAAAAUAUCUAUGAGCUGUAACGAGUUGUGUAAAAAAUAAGCGAGGGAAACCGGAAGAGAUUUGGAAAGCCGACAUUGAAAAUAAAUGAUGUUGCUAAGCACAAUAAUAAAAAAUUAAAAACCUGGUGGAUAUUUAAUUGAGUUUUUGCAUUUAAGCAAAGAACACUAGAUACUCAUAUGCACAGGACUCGAAUACUUAGAGCAUAUGUCUGGGAAGGUUGAGAAAUAGGUCUGAAUGCCCUAUUAAAUCCAGUCACUGUCCAUCAGAAACUCUCUUCAGCCAUGACAUGCUUUGUGUAUCUUUUGCACUGGCAAGUAUCCUUGGGUAAACACUCCGCCCCCUGGGACUUGCAUGCAGCAAAACUGGGUAGAAUUUAACCCAUGCUCAGCAUGCGCUCACAGGGAGCAGAGGUGAAAGAACCCCUUGUGCAAGGAACUGCUUUUUCUAAAUAAUUAUUUUCCCUUUUCCUGUGGGAGGCACAAUUUCUUUGUUGUGUAGUGAUGUAGGUGGAAAAACCCGGGGUCAGCAAAGCACGCAGACGCCAUUUUUCCCUGCAGCACUGCACCAUGGAGAAGUCCCUAUCGGAGCCCAUGUCUACAUAAAGCAGGUUUCUCCCUCCACGCAGCAAGACUUCUUCAUCAUGCAGGGAUGCAGGGGAAAAAGUCUAUUUGUUUUUGCAGCACACACCUUCCAAGAAACAGGCAUGCAGUGAAGGAUAGCAGACCUGUUUCCCCCUCCCCCUCCUGCUGCUUCCUUUGGCUUUGUGCAUCUGUUCACAAGAGGGAAUGGGCAAGUUCGAUCAAACUGAGCAGGAUUUAACCCAUCAUCUGCUAAGUGGGGGGUUAAAUCCUGCUGCUUUGGCUGCAGGCACCUGAGACAGUGCAGAUAUGAGCCCUGACCCAUCAGCUGACAUAAAAAGUUUGAAUAAAAUGGCAUUGCAAGCACAGGUUCCCUACGUCUGCAUUUUGUGCCACACUUAUCCCACACUUCCAAGCAUGUGCUAACUAUGGAAUUAGAAUGAGCAUAGUUUCCCAGUACAUUUCCGAGCACAAUUCAAAGUGUUGGUGCUGACCUUUAAAGCCCUAAACGGCCUUGGUCCAGUAGACCUGAAGGAGCAUCUCCACCUCCAUCGUUCUGCCCGGACACUGAGGUCCAGCUCUGAGGGCCUUCUGGUGGUUCCCUCACUGUGAGAAGUGAGGUUACAGGGAACCAGGCAGAGGGCCUUUUCAGUGGGCCCAUCCUGUGGAAUGCCUUCCCAUCAGAUGUCAAGGAAAUAAACUAUUUCUGGGUUAGUGGAGUCUGUAACCUGAAGCAUCUGUAACCUGAAACGUCUGUAACCAGAGGUACCACUGUAAUGUAACAAGAACUAUGGACACAAUGGAGUUAUUAAAAAUAUGGAUUAUUUUUAAAAAGAUGCAGUAGAAAGGGUUUAACAACAGAACCAUGGAGGGGAAGGUGGGAAGUCCAGAGAUUCGGGGGAACCUUGUAACUUUGGAUGUGUUGUGAUAUGAUUAUAAUAUUAAAUAUGUAAAACAAAAUAAUAGUAAUAAUAAAAGAAUAGCC